AUAAGCCAUUACCUACGGUCACUGUGUUUUGAAUAUAGUCAGCGUUAAAAAUGGCGUCGAUGUUAGUGAAACCUGUGGUGACGUUCACGAAAAAUCUGGUUAGAAAACAAGGUAGGCAUGGUGCCCUGUUUUGUCAACUUGCAACUAGAAAUCUGUGCUCUGGUUCUUCAGUCAAACCAACAGUACGUGUACGCAAUGAGCUUCAAGCAAAUCGACUUGCGGAUUAUGGCAAAUAUGUGGCAGAUUGUUUGCCCAAGUAUGUGCAGCAAGUCCAAGUAAGCCACACCAAUGAGUUGGAAGUGCUCAUCAAUCCAGAGGGCAUCAUCCCAGUCAUGACAUUUCUCAAAGACCACCAUAAUGCACAGUUCAAGUCACUGAUUGAUAUAACGGCGAUAGACGUACCCACGAGAACACAUCGGUUUGAGCUCAUCUACAACUUAUUGUCGUUACAAUACAAUGAACGCAUCAGAGUGAAGACCUAUGCAGAUGAACUGAGUCCAGUCGAUUCCUUAGUACCAGUAUUUGAAGUUGCCAAUUGGUAUGAAAGAGAGGUAUGGGAUAUGUAUGGUGUGUUCUUCUCCAACCAUCCAGAUCUGAGGCGUAUCUUGACAGACUAUGGGUUUGAGGGUCAUCCUAUGCGGAGGGACUUCCCCUUGAGUGGUUUUGUAGAGGUAAGAUACGAUGAUGAACUGAAGCGAGUGGUCUGUGAGCCCAUUGAGAUGACACAGGAAUUCCGCAAGUUUGAUCUAGCGAGUCCGUGGGAGACCUUUCCAGAUUACAGAGAUGGCGCCGCACAAUUACCUGCCACAAGUGAACAGAAGGACACAACAGAAGAAAAGACCUCAACUCCUUAAACAAAGCCUUCACAGACACUCAGGUGUCUUACUGCGUAUCAAAGCAUCGUCCAGAAAAAACUUGAUAACAAUUUAUCAUCAUUGACACAUUGGAGUUAUAUGUGAUGCGAUCAAGCUAAAUGAGUCGUUUGUCAGGAAUGUUUAUUUGAAGAUACAGGCCAAAAUAGGGCCACUUCAUCACAUC